GUCCGAGGGUCUCCCUCCGGACUCCAUCCCGUCUUCUCCGAGUCGGCCUCGGCUCCAUCCACCUUCCUCCGCAGCGCCGCCUCCUACAGGAACCACCGGCACCGCCACCACCACCGGUCCACGUCCCAGGACCAGUGGGACCAGCAGGACCAGUGGGCCACCUGGAGGCCCCAGUGGAGGGGUCAAAGGUCGGGCUCCACCUGCUCCUCCCCUGGCCCCUCCUCCCAUCACAGAGGCCACUCCCUCCACCGGAGCUCCUCCCUCGUCCCGCCCUUCCGUCUCAACCUGGAUGCUCUGGUCGGGGCGGAGGAGACGGACGUGGACACGGGGGACCAAGUGAGUCCCGUUAGCGGCACUGACCUCAGCGUGGUGUCCGCCUACAUCAGACCCAGCCUGCCUCAGACUUCCUCUCGGCCGCUAUCGGCGCCGCCCGGAGACAUCGGCCCGUCUCUGUCUCCGCUGGGCCGCGUCCCAAUCGGCUCUGUCGGCACCUUGUUCGCCGCUCCGUCUCUGAGCGACGGCUCUGUGAACCAAUCGGACAGCUGCAGCAUCGUCAGCGCUCCGGUGGACGAGGAGGAAGAGGAGGAAGAAGAAGAAGAGUUCUACAUUUGACGUGUUGGUCUGCUUCCUCACUUCCUCUGCUGCGUGUCGGUUAAAUGUAAGCGACCAAUCACACGAGAGACACUGGUCAGUACCUGGUCACGCUCACACCUUGAUGUCAUUUUAAAGUGUUGAUUAUUAUGAUAAUAUGAGAAUAUAAUAAACUUUAUUGAUAUAAAGAACACAGAUUCAAUGAGAAGCAGGUUAAAGGUGCUUUGUUUAAUGUUUAUCCACUAAAAUACAAUCUGAACUAGUUUAACUUUCACUUUUCUUUCUGAUCAUUUCGAUUGAAUCCAAAAUGGCCGAAACAAGAGGAAGACUUUAGUUUGGUCACCAGGAGACGACUUCAAGGUUUAAAGGUCUUUAUGUUCGGUGGAUAGUGAAGAGUUAAUUCAUUUAUUAUCUUUUUAAAAACACAAACAAUCGAACAAACUAAUAAUAAUAUUUACAUUUCAAUGAAUUAUUACUGGCAAAUGAAACCAGAAUAUGAUGGAACAUGUUGAUGAUAUUAAAAUAAAGAUGAGUUGUGACCUCAGAGUCAAAGGAGGAACAAAAUUUAACGUUUUUAUUUUAUUGUUUAUUGAGAACAUAAGUACAACAAUCAAGGCCUCUCUAAAUGUUUUAAGAUUAAAGAUAUACUUUGGCCUUAAGUUGAGUAUGAA